UCCUACGACAUCAAAGUUACAGCCACCAGAUUUCAACCAAUGAGCACCUCGACAGGUAUAGGUCGACCAGGGUACAAUCCCCUGCCCUCUGACCUGACGUUGCUCCAAUGUUGCCUCUAGGUGCCGUAUCACACUUGGGAGGUAAAGCUCCUACGAUUAAUCAAUAAGCGUUCCUCGGGACAGAAUCUCUCCUGUUGAAACGUGGAAGCGAACAGCCCCAAUAGGGCGUUACAUCGUUCGAUCCCGCCAUCACGAAUGCCUUUGGGUCGUCCUGUGGAUCUAACUCGAUACAAGCGUUGUUGCGCUCCUCCCGUCUGCGUUUUGCUAGCUGACGGGAUUGGAUGCAUGAUAGCAGUGGCGUCACCUAUUAUCUGGGGAGUUAUCCGCUGUCCAUCCGGAUGCACUCUUCCCAAAAUGUAUUUGUCACCGCCAUGUCAACUCAAGUCCCGGUCAAUCAUGUCCCGAAUCAGCAGAAAUAUUGCCGGGAUAGUCUGGAUCGGGCAUCGAAACGGUUCUCGUCGCCUGCAUCUAUCCUGCUCCAUUGUGGACUUUCUCUGGGAUCGCUGUGGGGAUUUUGGAGACCUGCUGGGGAUGCUCUCCUUGGGCUACCAGACGUUACCGAUGCACUCAUGCGCAAAAUCACCGAUGAAUCGGCAUCUCAGCCUUAUGUGUUCGGCCAUGCGAGGGGACACCACUCUAUAUCCCAACUAGCUGAGAAUACCCGAUUAGCUGAGCCACCGCUUCGAGCCGGCCUAUAGGGAUGAUAAUUCAGCACAGAACGCGCUGCUCUGAGGCA